AUGGAGAUGGGUGAAGGUAGCAGUUCUAAAGUCCAGCCAAAGAGGCGUACGCAGAUCAGAAAAAAGCAGAUCAGAAAAACGGAGGUCAUCAGUUAUGAGCAAAGUGUGGUGCAAUUGUCGAGUGAAGGAAGAAAGACAUAUUUGAUUGUAGAAAGAAAACGUAAAAAUCCAUUGAACACAAUUUAUGGAUCCUACUCAGCUGUCUUUGAUAACACUUACCCUCAGUACAAAUGGCUUUACAAUGGCUGGCUCGUGGAGGAGCGUCGCAUCAUGUUGUCUGGCCGACUUUACCGAUACUAUUACGAUCCAGAGGGGAAAGAGUACAAAUUCAGGUACGAAGUGGAGCAGGUUUUCGCAAAGAUUGGAAAUGAUCUGGCUAAAAAGAAGCCAGUGGUCAUCAUCCUUGACGACUAA